UUUAUUUGAUCAUCCACAAAUUAAAUAUCAACAAAAUCAUACAAAAUGGCAUUCAAGGCAAAUAUUUUGCUUAUAUUUUCUUUGGUUCUUAUGAUUAUAUCAUCAGAGGUUAUUGCAAGGGAAAUGGUUGAGGCAAAUCAAGUUCAAAAUACAUUUGAAUUGGACAAUCCGACACUCCAGAAAAAAGGUGGGGGAUCAUUGUUUCCUAAUAUAGCGUGUUUGGGUUGCAGUUGCCCAAAAAAAGAUAAUAAUAACAAUAAUAAUAAUAAUAACAAUGACGAUGACGAUGACAGUUUCAUUGGUAAUGUUUGUAAAGCCAUGUGUUGUUAGAGAAACAAAAGAUAUAUUAAUUUCUAAUUCCCAUCCGCUACUCAAUAUUAUAUGGCUAUGUAAUAAUAAUAAUAAUAUGAGAUUGGUUGAAUAAAGGAAAAGUUUGUAUUAUA